CAAUCAUUGAUACAUAAACUCCCUCGCACAUUUUGCUUCACGUUUGCUCAGUGGCUGCAGUCAUGUCGGUCGACAAAAAUAGCCUCGUCAACCCUGGCGACCUUUUGGCUGCUGUUAGAACAAUAUACGGUCCCGAUUGCAAGGUUCUAGGAUGGGACGUGAAACAAGGCACAGAAACAGUCCAGGGGUACGCAUCCUUGAUGCUGCGAGCAAAGGUUAAGGUAAAAACUCGACAUGGCGGAGUCACGGAGGUCAACUUGAUGGUUAAGAGACAACCAACGGUAUCCGCGCAAAGGGAGAUGAUUGAAAGUUUCGGCAACAUUAUUGCUCGCGAAGGUACAUUUUUCAGCAGCAUUUUGCCGCGCCUACAAGAAAACAGCCCCAACCUACCUAUUGUUAGAGCUCUGGUCGCAUACAAGGAUGCAAUGGUCAUGGAAGAUCUUUGUGACGCAGGAUUCCAGACCAUACCAAAAACGAUGCAAGACAUUGGACGAGGCAAAGUUUUGACUUUUCCAUUAGCUCGUAUGUGCGUGAGAAAACUCGCAAAAAUCCACGCCGCUUCGGCAAACGAAAAGUGGACGAAGAUCAUGCCAGUUGAGUACUUUGAUGUUGAUCCCAUGAUGGACAGCAAAAACGCCGAACAGUUCCAACUAUUUAUAGGAAUGACCGUGCAAAGCAUCAUAAUCCCUUUAAUGAAGAAGAUGUUCCUUCACACGCCAUCCAUUGAUAAAUUUGUAGAAUAUCUAUCAAGCCCGCUGCUCUUGAGCAAAGCCAUCGACAGCAUCAAGUUUGACACGAAAAAAGGACCAAAUGUUUUGGUCCACGGAGAUUGCCACUUGAACAACAUGAUGUUUAAACUGGAUGACAAUGGAAAUCCAAUUGAUAUGCGAUUCAUUGAUUUCCAACUCGCGAGAUAUGGACAAGCCACCACUGAUUUGGUAUACUUUUUGUACACAAGCGCUGGAAAAGAGUUCAGGGAAAAAUAUGAAAUUGACUUAAUCCGCGCCUACGUGGAGGCGUUCAACUCUGAAUUAUGUGUAACACCUGACCUCAUUGACUUCGACAAUUUCUGGAAAAGUUACGAAAAAGCUCGUUAUUAUGGUCUUGUCAUAGCUUUGGGCAUCAGACCCAUGCAGUUUUUGCCGGCAUUUGCAGCACCCAGCGAUGGCGAGUUAACAGAGGAAUUUUUUGAUAUGGACAGGAUAGCAAACAUACCAGUUCUUGCAGCUGCUGCCUACGAAAAUGAUGAACUUUUCAAAGAGGAAAUGGAUGGGUUAAUUCCGCAUGCAAUGGCUGUUAUGAACGAAUAUGUAUUUGUUGAAUAAACACAUUUUUCUUGUAAUUUGAUUUUUUUUUCAUUAAAAAAAUUAAAUAAAACAAUAUAUGUAUCUGUCAUAUAUUA